UCAUUCAUUCACUUAGUUAGGUGUCUUUUUUUAUCGCUCGUUUUUGUACAUUUCGCAUAAAUUUAAUUCGAAACUACUAUGAACAUUUUAUAAAACCGGUGAGUUACUUAAGAACAAAAUCAGAAAUAAUGGAAUCAGAUGAGGAAUCCGAUAAUGCCAGCGAUUGGACACACUUGGAAAGUGUAACCGCAUUCGAAUAUGUUGAAAAUGCACCAUCGCCGGUAUCAAAAUUACUUCAACAGUCUCCAGCUUAUUCUACAAAUACUGACCAUUUUGAUAGUUCAACGAGAUUAGUGGAUAAUACACCGAGUGUUCGAGAUACAUUUGUAGAAACACUGGCAACAAAGGCAUCGGCUCCGGUUAGUUUAUUGGUUGAAAGUCUGGUGCAACAAUUAUGUUCAAUGAUCGAACCGGAUAAAUCAAAUGCCGAACGAUUGUAUAAAACGAUUUGCAAACAAUUGCAUCACAUGAAUUUAAUCGAUGAAACAUAUCGUAUGGGUGAAUUUGAUGUGAUGAGAAGCCAGUAUCAGAGAGCCUUGUAUCAAUUGGCAACGGUUGCAAGGGGCAAAACUGAAAUACCAUUGAAUUUACAAUCGGUUUGGCCUCUGAAUGAUUCGGAUGGUAUGCAAUGGUCACGUUAUCACCGGGAAUUUGACGAAAUAAACUUUGUGGCUGGCGGUGGUUUUGGUCGGGUUUAUCGAGCCCGCAAUAAACUUGACGGCAUUGAGUAUGCGGUUAAAAAAGUCACCAUUAAGUAUAAAACAAUUAAACGUGUGCUAUCCCAUUUGGCCGAAGUUAAAACAUUUGCCAGUUUGAAUCAUAAUAAUAUUGUGCCGUAUAAAGCUGCCUGGUUAGAACCACUUUUUGACGAUCCAUCGACUAAUAAUCGACAAUUAACCGAUGGGAAACCGAUUAGUAAAAAGUGUCCAACCAAUCGAAAGAGAAAGUAUGUGAAAAAAACAUCGAAAUUAACAUCGAUUUCAAGAGGAAUGAGUUUCCUGAAAGCCCACGAAGUGGGCAUCUUUGAGAUUGAUUCAAAAUUUAGUGCCACAACAACAACAAAUAUCGAAGAAGAAGACAGUGAAAGUGAUAGUGAGAGUUCCGAUUCCGAUGCUGGAACGUGCCCCGGUAAAUUAGUGACCGAUCGUCGGAAUCAAUUACAAUUGCCGACAAACAAUCAUGCCGAUGACUCGUCCGAUUUUAUUCAAUUUCAACGCACCCAAGAUGAUGUGGUGGACGGUGCCAAUUUUUCUGUCAUGGAUGCCACACAAGAUAAACGUCUGUGUAAACCAAAUGCCAAACAUCCCAAUAACAAAAUUAUCAAAAAUAGUUUAGAAUUCAAUGAAUCACAGCCGCAUUUAAAAUUAAAAUGGGCAACACUUUACAUUCAAAUGUCAUAUCGUCCAUUAACGUUGCGUGCGUGGCUCAAUGAGCGCAAUAAACAUAACGAUUUUAAACAAUUUUAUUUGAAAUUCAUCGAAAAAUCGAUACAACAAUGGGAUCGUCCAAUGGUGGUUGAUGAUUCGGACGACGAUGAAGUCAAUCGAAAUCGGACAAAUGGUGCCGUUUCCAAAAUGAAUAAUCAAACACGAAUACGUCAAUCAAUGUCGAGUGCAUCGCUUGAGAAAAAUCUAACGAAAAAUUACGACUCUUUGGACAUCACAUUGAAUAUUUUCAUUCAAGUUUUAAGCGGACUACGUUACAUUCAUCUACAAAAUAUCGUUCAUCAUGAUAUAAAACCGUCGAAUAUAUUUAUUGGUUGUGAAAAAAAUGGCGAAUUGUAUGUACAACUUGGCGAUUUUGGAUUGGCGUGCCCAUUGCAAGCAAAGCAUGCACCAGACUCAAUGAUCGGAACUAUGACGUACGCGGCAUCCGAACAGCUUAGAGGUUAUUGUAAUCCAAAGAGUGACGUAUUCAGUUUGGGCAUUAUACUGCUGGAAUUGCUAAUUCCAUUUAGUACGGAUAUGGAACGCCUGAAGACCAUUGAAGCGGCUCGAAAGGGCAUUUUUCCAUCCAAUAUACCACCAACAUAUUUAACUCUACUUAAAACGCUACUCCAAAAACACACCGAACGACCAGAUUCAUUUGGAACAUUUGAACUACUGACAAAAUUGAAACUUUGGAAUGGCAAUAGCAACAGUAUACACGAGAAUUCAUCCCAACGCAAUGAUGAUCUUCAAAAUCAAUUUACUCAGGUGACAGAUGAUCUGAAUCAGCUCCGAAUGCAGUUACCAUCACACGAGUGUUCAAAUGGCUCCCGGACAGACAUUUCAAGUGCCUGUAGUGCAAUGACCCAUGCCAAUGCAGCAUGCUCAUGUGCAUACAGCAUCGAUAAUGUUGACGAUAUGGCCAAUUCAAUAAAUCAAUCGGCAAUGAGCUGUUCAACGAAAUUUAUCCGAACAGAAGAGCACACCACAUUAUUUAAAUCACUUGGUUUACAAUUUUCAGAUGAAAAUAAGGAGAAAGAUAAACAAAUUCAAAUUUUAAGCAAUAAACUCAUUGAAUCCGAUAAAAAAACAAGCGAACUUGAAAAAGAAAUCGAACGCUUACGUGAUAUUAUAAAUCAAAGAAACCAAUAAAUUUUAGUCCACUGGAAAAAAUGCUUCAAUUUCUCAUUUCUAAUAACAAUUGUAACUUUAUGUAAUUGAAUCUUUUUAACUUUAUAAGACAACGAC